AUGGAAGAGGCAAGGGCCUUGCUCGAUCAGCUCAUGGGUCGCGACAGAAACGUUUCUGCGGCAGAAAAGAAUGCGAGUGAGGAGAAAAAGAUUAACUGGUUGACGCAGACGCGAUACUGCCCGUACUUCUUGGUGGAUUUCUGCCCUAAUGAUCUAUUCGUGAACACGAGAGCUGAUAUGGGUAUGUGCAAUAAGGAGCAUUGCGAAUACACCAAGUCACGCUUUGAUAAAUGGGAAGACUGUGCGGAAAAGAGAGCUGUGGUUGAUAAGUACUCUCGAGAGCUAUUGAGCUUCUUGGAAUAUUUGGAGACACAACUGGCGCAUAAGAUAAGGAGAGGUAAGGCUCGAGUCAGUGCCGAGAUACCGGACAUAGAAGUUCCACCACAGAAUAAGGAGCAGAUAGAAGAGCUAAAGGGCCGUAUACACGGUAUCGUGAAGGAGGCUGAGGAGCUCGCCGAGAAGGGUAGAAUUGUCGAAUCCGAGAAGAAGAUGGGACAGACUGAGUCGUUAAACGCUAAGAUCCGAGAGUUGAGCGGGGAGAAGUAUAUGAUGAUGACUCGAACUGAAUUCGUAUGUGACGUUUGCGGAGUCCUUGUUACACUUAAUGAGAACGACCCUAAGGCUAAUGUAGAAAAUCAUGAGCAUGCACGAGGAAAGCAGCAUCAGGGUUGGGCUAAGAUCCGCGAGACUAUAUCGAUUCUUCGAGAGAAGUUCUUGUCAAAGAGUCAUACACCUUCCCCUUCUCCAUCCCUGCCACCGAAAGAGGCAACAGCAACGAGUGAACCGCCUUCCACUCCUACUCCUUCUGAAGCAUCGGUGUCUUCUCGACGGCAUGCGUCAUCAACAGCUAGUGCAACGAUAUCGCGAACGUCGGAGGAGUACAUGAGUAAGGUGGAGGACUGGAGGGAUUAUCUUGCGAAGAUGCUCUGCUUGUGCGCUCUGCAGGAGCACGACAAGGGCGGAAGCGUCGACAUCAUCGUCAUGAAGAGAAGGAACAGCGAGAGGAGAGUCGCACUCGCAGUAGAAAUGAUCUACCAUUCGCUGUUCUCGCAUCACGACCCAUUCAGUCCUAAUGAGCUCUUUGUGAAUACUCGAGCCUAUACGGGGUCCUGUGGGAAGGAACAUUGUGAGUAUACUAAAUUCCGGUUUGACCAGAUGGAGGAUAGCAGGGAAAAGAAAGAAAUCAUUGAUAGGUUUGAAAUGGCGUAUCGGUAUGAACGUAAAUUACUGAGCUAUUGCGAGUACAUGGAGACCCAGUUGGCCCAGAAGAUCCGCAGAGGGAAGGCUCGAGUGGCCACAGAAAUACCAGACAUCGAGGUUCCCGCCCAGAAUAAGGCGAAAAUCGAUGAACUACGGAGCAAAAUCGACGGUCUGGUCAAAGAGGCCGAGGGCUUAGCGGAGAGAGGCCGCUUGAUGGACUCCGAAAAGAAGAUGGCGCAGAUCGAGCCACUGAAUGAUAAGAUUCGUGACUUGAGUGGUGAGAAGUACCUCCAUAUGACGCGUACUGAACUAGUUUGUGACGUUUGCGGCUGUCUGGUAACCCUCAAUGAGAACGACGCUCAUAUGACUCUAGAGAAUCACGAGCAUGCACGUGGCAAGCAGCAUCAAGGCUGGGCUAAGAUUAAGGAGACCAGUAAAGCGCUGAGAGAGAAGUUCGCCUCGGCCAGAGGCAUGCCUUUAUCACCACCAACAAGGGAAGCUCCGACCAUGGAGAAAACUCCGAUUGAACGCAGAUCCCCGACGCGGUCUGGAAAUAAGGAGGUUGAGGAGAAUCUGGAGGAGACGAGGAAUGGCCCCGAUGCGAAUGAACGGAAGAGUCGUGCUGUCCUUGGUGUUUGCAUCGGAGUAUCGACUAUUGGUUGA